CUGUUUGCCAACUGCCAUAAAGAAGAAGAAGAAGAAGAAGAAGGUUCAAAUAAAUAUUAGCUUGGGUGAUUUCAGAGUCAAUUAUGGAAGACGGCAUUUUGAUUUUAAGUUCAUAAAUGGAGUAUCGAAAAUACCUUACCACGGGUGCAGCAGUUCCUGCGCGAACAGCACGUCGAUGGAAAAGGUCAGCGGCAUGUUCAGGCUCCCCAAGGAGAAAAAAAGUAUGUGUUUCUGCUGUUACCCUAAGUGAUCCUGCACGCAUGUCCUGUGGUCCUGCACUCGACUCCCAUCAUCCUGGUCCUGCACUCGACUCACUUAAUCCUGAUCCUGCACUCGUCUCCUGUGGUCCUGCACUGAACUCACAUGGUCCUGAUCCUGAUCCUGCACUUGACCGACAUGAUCUUGCACUCGUCUCCUGUGGUCCUGCACUGAACUCACAUGGUCCUGAUCCUGAUCCUGCACUCGACCGACAUGAUCCUGCACUCGUCUCCUGUGGUCCUGCACUGAACUCACAUGGUCCUGAUCCUGAUCCUGCACUCGACCGACAUGAUCCUGCACUCGUCUCCUGUGGUCCUGCACUGAACUCACAUGGUCCUGAUCCUGAUCCUGCACUCGACCGACAUGAUCCUGCACUCGUCUCCUGUGGUCCUGCACUGAACUCACAUGGUCCUGAUCCUGAUCCUGCACUCGACCGACAUGAUCCUGCACUCGUCUCCUGUGGUCCUGCACUGAACUCACAUGGUCCUGAUCCCACACGCGUCCCCUGUGAUCCUGCACUUGUGUCGCCUGAUACUGAUUCUGCACUCAUUAGUACUAUAUCGGUCUGUGAAGAACCUCCACUCUCAUUCAUACCACCAGUCCACCAAACCUCAACAAACACUUCCUGUGCAUAUGGGCAGGUACGGCAAACUGCUACUGUCGAGGAUACAAGAAAACAGCAUGAGUUGCUUCUUCUUGCUUUAAAACUCAAGCAUGGACUGACUGAUGAAGCUUUAGAAGACACACUUAAAGUUGUUAACGUUAUAAGUCAGAGGCAUGCUGUGUCAUCUACCAAACAUCACUUUUACAAAACUUUUGAUGACUUGAAAAGAAAUAUUCAGUUUCACUACAUGUGGUUUUAUUAACAAAGUUCGGGAGAAGCACGAUCAGAUAAUCAUCCAAUUUGGCACAGGUGCAUCUCGUCUAGCUAAUCAUCUUAAAUAGCACGC